UGACCCCCCCCCCGCCGCAGGGCGAUGCUGCGGGCCCCGGGGCCGCUGGGGCCGCCCCCCGGCCGCCUCCUCCUGCCCGACGCCGCCGCCGCCGCCGCCGCCGCCGCCGCCGCGCUCCGGUUGCUGCCGCCGCUGCCCGCGAUGGAGCCGCUGCCCAAGGGGGCGUUGGGGGCUCUGACCAAACCGCGGCGCCCCGUGAUCGCCUGCAGCGUCUGCCAGAUCCGCUUCAACUCCGAGAGCCAGGCUGCUGCUCACUACCAGGGCAAUCGCCACGCUCGCCGCCUCAAGGGCCUCGAGGCCGCCCGGUCCCGCCAUGGGGGUGACCCCGGGGACCCCCCAGAGCCGCCCCCGACCGCGGCCCCCCCGGCCGGGGACCCCCCCGAGCGCGCAGCCCCCGCCCCCGCCGCCCCCGGCGCCCCCGGGCCCCCCUCGCCCCCCGCGCCGCCCCGGCCCGAGGAGGAGGAGGAGGAGGAGGAGGAGCGGGCGAAGGCCAAGCGGCUCCUGUACUGCGGCCUCUGCAAAGUGGCCGUGAACUCCCUGUCCCAGCUGGAGGCGCACAACCGAGGCACCAAGCACAAGACGCUGCUGGAGGCCCGCUCGGGGCUCGGCCCCAUCCGCGCCUUCCCGCGGGGGGGCGGCGGCGCGGGGCCCCCCCCGGCCGAGGGUCCCGAGCGCUGCUUCCACUGCCGCGUGUGCAACGUGCGCCUCAACUCCGAGCUGCAGCUCAAGCAGCACAUCUCCAGCCGCCGGCACCGGGACGGGGUCGCCGGGAAGCCGAACCCCCUCCUGGGGCGCCACAAAAAACCCCGGAGCCCCCCCGAGCUGGCGCCGCUGCCGUUCCCCAAGGAGCUGCCGAAGGCUCUGGCGGGGGGGGGGCUCCUGCCGCCCCCCUUGGCCCUCGCCGCCGCCGCCGCCGCCGCCAUCGCCGCCCCCCUGGCCCUGCGCCCCCCGGGACCCCCGGGACCCCCGGGACCCCCGGGACCCCCCCUGCUGCCCGGGCCCCCCCUGGCCCCCGCCCUGCUGCGGCCGGCGCCGGGACCCCUGCGGCCCGCGCACGCCCCCCUGCUCUUCUCCCCUUAUUGAGGGACAGUGACAGUGACAGUGACAGUCACACAGGGACAGUGACACAGUGACACUGACACAGGGACAGCCCCGGCCCCCUGCGCCCCGCGCACGCCCCCCUGCUCUUCUCCCCUUAUUGAGGGGACAUGGGGACAGGGACAUGGGGACAGGGACAUGGGGACAGGGACAUGGGGACAGGGACAUGGGGACAGCGUGGGGACAGUGACAGUGACACAGUGACAGUGACACAGUGACAGCCCCGACCCCCUGCGCCCUGCGCACGCCCCCCUGCUCUUCUCCCCUUAUUGAGGGGAUGGGGACAGUGACAGGGACAUGGGGACAGGGACAGUGACAGUGACACAGGGACAGGGACAUGGGGACAGUGACAGUCACACAGGGACACAGUGACAGUGACACAGGGACAGCCCCGGCCCCCUGCGCCCCGCGCACGCCCCCCUGCUCUUCUCCCCUUACUGAGGGGACAUGGGGACAUGGGGACAUGGGGACAGUGACACAGGGACAGUGACAGCCCCGGCCCCUGCGCCCCGCGCACGCCCCCCUGCUCUUCUCCCCAUAUUGAGGGGACAGGAACAGUGACAGUGACAUGGGGACACCCUGGGGACACCGGGACAGCAGCCAGCACCCGGCAACCUUCAGUGAGCAACUGCCCAGUGACGGUCACUCGGUGACGGUCACUCUGAUGGUCACUCUGAUGGUCACUCUGAUGGUCACUCGGUGAUGGUCAGUGGUCACUCUGGUCACUCUGGUCACUCUGACGUCACUCUGACGUCACUCCCCUGGCCAGUUGGUCCCCUGGCCACGCCCACCAUCCCCUCCCUGCCCGGCAACGGCCGUUUCCAUGGCAACCGCGGUCUCCAUGGCAACGGGGAUCUCCAUGGCAACCGCCUGCGACCAACCGGAGCAGCACUUGGGGUCUCCAUGGCAACCGCCCCGGCAACCGCCCCUGGCAACCGCCCCUGGCAACCGGCCCCGCCCCCGGCCCCGCCCCGGCUGUUCUCUCCUCCCCCCCGGCUGUUCUCUCCUCCCCCCCCCGGGCUCAGCGCUUUUUCUGUUGUUUUUAACUGGAAUUUGGGAAUUUUGGCAGGAAAACAACGAGCCCCUCCCCCCCCCCGGGACCCCCCCGGCCCCACUGCACAAACCCCGGGGACCGGGACCCCCCCGGGGUGGGGGAGGGGCCCGGGGGGGGUCCCCCAAACCCCCCCGGCACCUCAGGGAUCUGCUCAGCAAUCAGCGACGGCUCGAGGGAUGGACCCCCCCCUCCCCUCCCCCACCCACCGCGGGACCCCCCCCCACCCCGGGACCCCCCCCAAGCCAUGACCUCUUGCACUGAGGGCAGCGAGCCCCGCACACCCCCGGGGGGGCGCCAAAAAUCGCCCCCCCCCAUUCCUUUAACCCCCCCCCCCCCAUUCCGGGCCCGGCCCAUUGCAAUAAUUUGGGGAGGGGGGUCCGGGGCACCCCCCCUUGUAAAUAACGCCCCCCCUCACACACACACAUGGUACGGCCCCAUAAGCACUGUGCCCCCACCCCCAAAAAUCCUGCAACCCCAAAAAAACCUGCACACCCCCC